CACCCGCCGGGCUGGGCCGGGCCGGGAAGGGAUAAGAGGCCACCCCGCAGCCGCCUGGCCACUCAGGAGCACAGCCCGGAGGGACACGGAGCAGCCCACAGCCGCUGACAUACAAGUGAUGUAUCCAACAUGGGGGUGAUUUUUCAACAAUGAGAUGUAGUUUUGUAACUACUCUCAGCUGAGACAGUGCUUGGACCCUUCACUGAUGGGAACUCAAGGCCGGAGGUCGGUGGACGUCUCUGGCUGCCUCCGUUUUGUGGAACAGCUGACAGGCGGUCCUUUGUAAAACGUUCCCAAGUCCCAGGAUGAGACAGAUAUUUCCCGUUUUCAGGCCGCGGUCUGAGACAAGGCAGAAAGCACCAGAGGGCAUCUUUCCUUUGUGGACCCCGGGAUGUCUGAGCUGGAGAAGGCCAUGGUGGCCCUCAUUGAUGUCUUCCAUCAGUACUCCGGAAGGGAGGGUGACAAGCACAAGCUGAAGAAAUCCGAACUCAAGGAGCUCAUCAACGGUGAGCUCCCCCACUUUUUAGAGGAAGUCAAGGAGCAGGAGGUCGUGGACAAAGUCAUGGAAACUCUGGACAGUGAUGGAGACGGCGAAUGUGACUUCCAGGAAUUUAUGGCCUUUGUUGCCAUGGUUACCACCGCCUGCCACGAGUUCUUUGAGCACGAGUGAGCCGGCAGAGCAGUUGCUGUGACAGGGACGAGGGUCACGCAGGAAGCAGAGAGCGAGGCUCGCAGCUAGUAGGAACGGAGCUUUCCCGCUGCGCUGUAGCUAAUUAGGAAGCUUGACUUGCUUUGUCAACGAGCAGUUGACAACCUCUUCCCAGGGCUGACUCUGGCCCCAUCGUUCCUUCUGCUCUGCUUGGCACACACGUCCUCUGAUGGGGGCGUGGGACCCGGGCCAUCAUCCUUCCGGGGAGCACGUGCUCGGCCACCGUCAUGGCUGUGGAGAGCCCCAACCCAGGACUGCCAUGCUGACCCCAGGAAUGCUCUGGGCAUGUGUGCUUCCUGGAGUCAGAAAGGCAAAGCUUUGCCCUUAAAUUGGUUUACCCUCCGUGCAAAUGAACCCUCAGGGCGUGAGGGGGUCCAACAUGCCACCUGCUCCCCAGACAGUGCGGCCACAGGCCGGUCCCCUUCCCCGCGGGGAGCUGUGGGUCCUGAGCACACACCGCUCACAGAGCUGCAGGAAGCCUGUGUCUCACGAACCGUUAAGUACUGACACUUUGGUUCUAGCCGGGACUGAGGAUCAGAAUUCCACACUCUGCGGGACUCCCUGCGCGGCUCCCACCUGCUGCCCCACGGGCUGUGUGGCGGGGACGGCGCACCUCUCUGCAGACAGGCCCCCUUCCCGUGGCCUCCUCUCCGGUCUGGGAAGGGCCCUGGCCCUCCCGCGUGUGUGCUGAGGCUGGGCCUGCCCACGGCGGUUGGCAAAGUUGGUGGACGCGGAAAGCUGAGCUGUGUGCUUGGGUAUCCACGAAUUCAAAUAAAUCAGUUUCAAGUAAUUCA